AUGCUUCGAUUCAAGACUUCUACUACUCGUAACCUAACGAGGUUAUUAAAAAAUACGGUUAAGACUAAUACUUUCAUUCAUACACCGGUAAGAUUUGCCGCUAGUAUUCCAUACGAAAAUGAUAUUUUGGAUUCAGAAUUAAAAUGGGCUCCACGUCCUAUACUGUUUAAAAAUUCCAAAAAUAAUAAUAUUACUAAUAAUUCAAAUAAUAAAUCCAUCCCAAAGGACAAGAAGAAAGAUCGAAAGAAGGAAGAUGAUGAUAGUAAUGAAGUUCCUGUAAAUAAAAAUAACAAUAUAGCUGAACAAAAGGGUAAAUCAUCGUCAUCGGCUGGGACUGGAAGUGGUGCCCCUGCAACACCUCCAAAUAGUAACAAUGAUAAUGGUGGUGGAGGAAAUGGUGGUCAUGAUCCCGUAAAACCUGACACUAGCCUACCGGAGGUAUACCCUCAGAUGUUAGCUUUACCAAUAUCAAGAAGACCAUUGUUUCCUGGGUUUUACAAAGCCGUAGUUAUCUCCGAUCCGGAUGUAAUGAAAGCAAUCACAGAAAUGUUAGAUCGUCAACAACCUUAUAUUGGUGCAUUCAUGUUAAAGGAUUCUUCUAUAGAUACGGAUAUUAUUAAGAAUAGAGAUGAUGUUCAUUCAGUAGGUGUUUUAGCUCAAAUUACAAGUGCGUUCCCAAGUAAAGAUGAAAAGACAGGUUCUGAAACAAUGACAGCUUUAUUAUAUCCACAUAGGAGAAUUAAGAUUGAUGAAUUGGUUCCUCCUGUUAUCACAGAAAAGACAAAAGAACCACAGGAUAUAAAGAAUAUUAUAGUGGAAAAAAUUGUGGAACCAAUCGAGAAGGAAUCUAAGAGUUCAGAGACCGUUUCAGAUAAAUCGAACGAUGAAGAAAACACAAACUCGAAGAGUAAGGACAUUGAAGUAAAGGAUCAAAAUGAUGCUGAACCUUCUGAGCAAAAUACUAUUGUUGGAGGAUCAUCAAAAUCUGAUGAUAUAUUAAUUUCUGAAUUUAACCCUACAGAAUUCUUGAAAAAAUUCAAUGUAUCCUUAGUAAACGUUUCAAAUUUAGAAGAUGAACCAUUUGAUAGAAAAUCACCUGUCAUAAAUGCAUUAACUUCUGAGAUUUUGAAAGUUUUCAAAGAAAUUUCUCAAUUAAAUACUAUGUUUAGAGAACAAAUCGCUACAUUUUCUGCAUCAAUUCAGUCGGCUACUACUAACAUAUUUGAAGAGCCUGCAAGAUUGGCUGAUUUUGCAGCUGCUGUUUCAGCUGGUGAAGAGGAUGAAUUACAAGAUAUAUUGAGUUCGUUGAAUAUUGAAGAACGUCUAGAGAAAUCCUUAUUGGUUUUAAAGAAAGAGUUGAUGAAUGCUGAAUUACAAAAUAAGAUUUCUAAGGACGUUGAGACAAAGAUUCAAAAGAGACAAAGAGAAUAUUAUUUAAUGGAACAGUUAAAGGGGAUCAAGAGAGAAUUGGGAAUCGAUGACGGACGUGAUAAAUUGAUUGAUACAUACAAGAAACGUGUGGAAAAAUUAAAACUGCCAAAAAACGUCAAGAAAAUAUUUGACGAUGAGUUAAUGAAAUUAUCCACAUUAGAGACAUCUAUGUCUGAAUUUGGUGUGACAAGAAAUUAUUUAGAUUGGAUAACAUCUUUACCAUGGGGUCUAAUCUCCAAGGAACAAUAUUCAAUUGACGUUGCAAAGACUAUUCUAGAUGAGGAUCAUUAUGGUAUGAAGGAUGUCAAAGAUCGUAUUCUUGAAUUCAUUGCUGUGGGUAAGCUAUUAGGGAAAGUAGAUGGUAAAAUUAUUUGUUUUGUUGGUCCCCCUGGUGUUGGUAAGACAUCCAUUGGUAAAUCUAUUGCACGUGCUUUAAAUCGCAAGUUUUUCAGAUUUUCUGUAGGUGGUAUGUCAGAUGUUGCUGAAAUUAAGGGUCACAGAAGAACAUAUAUUGGUGCAUUACCUGGUAGAAUAAUCCAAGCCUUGAAAAAAUGUCAAACCCAGAAUCCCCUAAUUUUAAUUGAUGAAAUUGAUAAAAUUGGACAUGGUGGUAUGCAUGGUGAUCCUUCUUCUGCCUUAUUGGAAGUGUUGGAUCCAGAACAAAACAAUAGCUUUUUAGAUAACUAUCUAGAUAUUCCGAUUGAUCUGUCGAAAGUUUUAUUUGUAUGUACUGCAAAUACCCUGGAUACCAUUCCAAGACCGUUAUUGGAUCGUAUGGAGGUGAUUGAAUUAACAGGUUACGUUGCUGACGAAAAGGUUCAAAUCGCAGAAAGAUACCUUGUACCUCAGGCUAGAAAAACAGCAGGUUUAUCGAACGCUAACGUUGAACUUACAGAAAAUGCUACAAUUGCAUUAAUGAAACAUUACUGUAGAGAAAGUGGUGUAAGAAAUUUAAAGAAACAAAUCGAAAAGAUAUACAGAAAGGCGGCUCUGAACAUUUUGAAGAAGAUUGCCGAAACUUCUGAUCCUGUUGUUGAACCAGCUUUAACUUCCACGACUACAAAUACUAACGUCAAAGAAGAUGAGAGUAAAGAUAUUGAGAUUGAAAAAGAGGAAGAUAAGAGCACAGCUAUGGUGAUCCCAGAUGAUAUUAGCAUUUCUAUUACGCCCGAAAAUUUGAAGGACUAUGUUGGUCCUCCAAUUUACACAACAGAUAGACUGUAUGAAACAACACCGCCUGGUAUCGUUAUGGGGUUGGCAUGGACUAGUAUGGGAGGAUGUUCAUUAUACGUUGAAUCUGUCCUAGAACAACCUCUACAUAACUGUAAACAUCCAACUUUAGAACGUACAGGUCAACUUGGUGAUGUGAUGAAGGAAUCAUCUCGUUUGGCAUACUCGUUCUCUAAGAUGUUUUUAGCUAACAAAUUUCCUGAAAACAGAUUCUUCCAACAGGCUUCAAUCCAUUUGCAUUGUCCAGAAGGUGCUACGCCAAAGGACGGACCAUCAGCCGGUGUCACUAUGGCUACAUCAUUCCUAUCACUUGCAUUAAACAGAUCCAUUGAACCAACCGUGGCAAUGACAGGUGAACUAACAUUAACAGGUAAAGUUUUACGUAUUGGUGGGUUAAGAGAAAAAGCUGUUGCAGCUAAGAGAUCUGGUGCUAAGACAAUAAUCUUCCCCAAGGAUAACUGGAGUGACUGGGAAGAGUUACCUGCCAAUGUGAAAGAAGGUCUUACUCCUCUUCCUGCUGAUUGGUACGGUGAUAUUUUUAAGAAAUUGUUUCCAGAUGUGUCUACAGAAGAAGGUAAUGCGGUCUGGGCCUCAGAGUUUGCAUUACUUGACGCCAAAAAGAAUAAAGACCAUGGCGACGAUAACUGA